AUGGCGGAUCUGGAGCGGUGCAGUAUGGUCGAUGCCCUGCAUCUUAUGCAGACGAUGCUACUUCAGGAAUUCACCAGUGCCCAGCUCGAUCGGUAUCACACGUUCCCAGGGCGGGAGGAAUCGGUGGAUGGGAAUCCGGUAACCACGGAGGGCGAUUCCACCCCGAUUCAACGGCGGCGGAAACUUCACAUGGCAAUCAAAGACGCGGUGGAUGCCGUGCUUCAGGAUCUAGAGGAGUGUGAUCGGCAUGUGAAGUGGAGACUAACCUAUGCGGUCAACGCGGAAAUGACUCUGCGGACACCGAGGGAUGUGCAAGAGGUAAUGCGCCCCGGUGUUUCGGAGGAAAACCUUGUUCUCCAGCAAUACUUUUUGGAAUAUUAA